ACUGAGUUCAAUCGGCCUUCGUUCUACACAAGGCAGCAUCUCAUGAUUCAUUCAGCCGAACGCAGCCACCAGAAGACGGGCUAGACGACGGACACUCUUCCGAGCCGGUGAAUUCAGAGGCGGGGUCCAAACUCAGAGGAGCAAGUGUCCCACUGAAAGGCAGAACUAUCUAGUUCGUCAUGGCGGAUGUUGGUGAGGUUUUGAUGUCGGUUUUGUCCACAAUUCGGGUUCCGAAGCCUGGGGACCGUGUCCACAAAGACGAAUGCGCCUUGUCAUUUUCCUCGCCGGAAAGUGAAGGAGGCCUGUAUGUGUGUAUGAACAGUUUCCUGGGAUUUGGUAGUCAGUAUGUGGACAGGCACCAUGCUCGGACUGGUCAGAGGGCUUACUUGCAAAUCACCCGGACUCGUAAGGCUAAGAAGGAAGAUGACACUAACUCUGGAUCUGGACACCCCCCAAAGAAAAAGCCCACCAGAUUGGCCAUAGGGAUUGAAGGAGGUUUUGAUGUGGAGCAGGAACAGUUUGAGGAGGAUGUAAAGGUGGUCAUUUUACCAGACCGACAAGAAGUGACAUCAGAGGAUCUUGGUAGCAUGCCUGAUGUUGUGAAAGAGCGGGUGUCCCUGUCCAUGGCGGGUAUCAUGGCAGCUGACUCAGUGUCUCAUGCAUUACAAGUUCAACAGUGGGACGGAGAAGUGAGACAGGAGUCGAGGCAUGCAGCUGACCUCAAACAGCUUGACAAUGGACUCAAAAUUCCUCCCAGUGGCUGGCGGUGUGAGAUUUGUGACCUCCAGGAGAACUUGUGGAUGAACCUGACGGAUGGCAAAGUGAUGUGUGGUCGCAGGUAUUUUGAUGGCUCUGGGGGCAACAACCACGCUCUUCUUCACUUCCAGGAAACGGGAUACCCACUUGCUGUCAAACUUGGUACCAUCACUCCUGAUGGAGCAGAUGUGUAUUCCUAUGAUGAGGAUGACAUGGUACUGGAUUCCAAGUUACCAGAGCACCUUGCUCACUUUGGCAUUAACAUGAUGACCAUGGAGAAGACGGAGCGAACGAUGACCGAGCUGGAGAUUGCUGUGAACCAGCGUGUGGGAGAGUGGGAGGUGAUCCAGGAGUCUGGGACAACCCUGCGUGCUCUGUUUGGCCCUGGCCUGACUGGCAUGAAGAACCUGGGCAACAGCUGCUACCUCAACUCUGUCAUGCAAGUGCUCUUCACUGUUCCAGACUUCCAGAGCAAGUACGUGUCUAACAUCGACAAGAUCAUUGAUGAAGCUCCAAGUGACCCCACCCAGGACUUUAAAACCCAAGUAGCCAAGCUUGGUUACGGUCUGUUGUCAGGAGAUUAUAGCAAACCAGCACCAGACCCUGGAGAUGAAAACGGUGCAUCUGAACCCAGGGGAGACCAAAUUGGCAUAGCACCUCGAAUGUUUAAAGCACUUGUUGGGCGGGGCCACCCAGAGUUCUCCACCAAUCGUCAACAGGAUGCUCAGGAGUUUUUAUUGCACUUCAUAAAUAUGGUGGAGAGGAAUUGUCGCUCUGGAACCAACCCAUCCGAAGCCUUCAGGUUCCUGGUGGAGGACAGGAUUGUGUGUCAGCAGUCACAAAAAGCCAAGUACACUCAGCGGGUAGAUUACAUUGUUCAGCUUCCUGUGCCCAUGGACCAGGCUACCAACACAGAGGAGCUUCAGGAGGCGGAGCGCCGGCGGGAGGAGGGGGACUCAUCAGCCCCUACAGUGCGUGCACAAAUCCCCUUCACUGCUUGCAUGGCAGUCCUCAGUGAACCAGAGGUUCUCACAGACUUCUGGAGCUCCGCUGUUCAGUCCAAGACUACUGCUACCAAAACAACCCGCUUUGCCUCUUUCCCCGACCACCUGGUUAUCCAGAUUAAGAAGUUUACCUUUGGCCUUGACUGGGUGCCUAAAAAACUGGAUGUGAGUAUAGAUGUUCCUGAUACUCUGGACCUGAGUGCACUACGUGCAACUGGACAGCAGCCAGGGGAGGAGCUUCUACCUGAGGUGGCCCCACCCUCACUCGUGACCCCUGAUGUGGAGGUCAAAGGUAUCCUGGGUUUCCACGAGGAGGACGACUCGCUCUACUCCCCACUGCUGUCUCCAGUCCUUGAUGACGCCACUGUGUCCCAGUUAGGUGAAAUGGGAUUCCCCCUGGAGGCCUGCAGGAAAGCAGUGUACUACACAGGAAACACUGGAAGUGACACUGCCAUGACCUGGAUCAUGAGCCAUAUUGAUGACCCAGACUUCGCAGCCCCACUAGUGUUGCCAGGCUGCAGCUCUGGCCCUGGGACCACUCCCACCGAGAGCAUUUCUGAGGAGCACCUGGCAACCAUCGUCUCCAUGGGUUUCAGCCGAGACCAAGCAACCAAAGCACUUCGGGCCACGAGUAAUAUUCUGGACCGUGCAGUGGACUGGAUCUUCUCCCACCUCGAUGACCUUGAGUCCAUGGAUGUGUCUGAAGGAGGUCGCUCAGCUGCAGAGAGCGAGGGUCGGGAGCCCCCUCCUGGACCUCGUGUUAGAGACGGACCAGGCAAGUACGAGCUGUUUGCAUUUGUCAGUCACAUGGGAACAAGCACAAUGUGCGGCCAUUACGUCUGUCACAUCAAAAAGGAUCAACAGUGGGUGAUCUUCAACGAUCAGAAGGUGUGUGCUUCAGAGAAACCACCCAAAGACCUGGGUUACCUCUACUUCUAUCGGAGAGUGGCUGAAUGAGACAAGGGAGUGUUGAACACACACAACACGACAUUCACAGUCACAUCCCAACAAGCUAAUUACGAAUCCCCCGGCACGCUUUACAGUGACUUAAGUGUAAAUAAAUCCCUCAGAUCGCAUAUAUACAAAUAAAUUGGUGCAGAUGUACAGAUGAGGUGUUUGGGGAGGGGGUGGCAAAUCAUGAGCCUGUUUUAAAAAGCAGAUAUAAUCAUGUAAUAUCUGGUCAUUUUACAGAGUUAAACUGAGAACUAAUUCUCUGUGAAAACAUUUGUUCCAGCUUUCACUCAGUAAAUGAAUCUAGAGAAUUCAUAAAACCUGCUUCAUAAAACAAGCCCCAUAACUUUCUUUGUCCAUUCACUCAUUCUUAAAACAUUUGUUUAAGUGCCACUAUUAACCAUUUCCUGAACAAUUUCUUCUGCACCUCCCCGUCAAGUUAAUGCUUCCAGCCCCCUCUUCUUUUAUUGGACGGUUACUGCUCGGUGUCUCCCACUUUCUCCUCUGUCUGUUUGAGUGAGGGUGUAAAACCAAUUGAACCAUUUAAAAAGAAAAAAGAAAGAAAAUGAAAUGUCAGGAAAUCAAACAUAACAGAUCAAAUGUGUGUCUCAAAAGCUAAAUAAUUAAAAAAAAGAAGUCAAAACACCAAAUUCACUUGUUUUUUGUUAAAGGUUGGUGAGGGUGAUAUUUGUUUUCUGUUUUUAUUUUGCAAACACAUCCUUUGUUAUUUUUGCUGUGACAAAUAAAGAAUCGUCUUUCUGUCA